AUGUCUGUUGGUCCAUUUUUAUCACCAACACACACGUUAGAUCCAGUAAAUCAAGUUGGUGAAUGUAAACCCUCACCGGCUUUACACGCCUUGAUUUGGAAAAGCUCACAUUGUCAAAGUGAAAUAACUGAAUUGAUGCCUCCCACUAAUUCAGUACAGUCAACAAGUUACAACGCUGUUUUCGAGAAAAAUGACGGCAAUUAUGAGAGAAAGAUUCACGAACCUGGUGACCCUACACCGGUAUCUUCAGAUAAUUCUGACACUAAACCAAAUUCGAUAUUAUCAUUUGAUGAAUGGAGAGCUCAACAAGAAAAAGAUGGGCAUACUGCGGCUGAAUCAAAAACAAGGUCAAAAAAACGUGUUGGAAAUUCUCAAAAUGAUCCCGCAUUAAUGGAUUCAAUUGAUGGGGAGGAUUAUAUGGGUUUUGAUAAUCCUGAUUCUAUGUUUGAUAAUUCUGAUUCCGGAGGUUUGAUUUCACAAUAUGAAAACCCGGCUUCCAAGUUAAAGGAAAAGUUUAAUUUUGCUUCGUUCGAUUGUGGUGCUUUAGUGUUAAAAUCAAACCCAGAAGCAAAAGGUGCUGUUUCGCUUCUUUACGAAAGUAAAGAUUCUUAUGUCUUAAAUAAAUGUGCGACCACGAAAUUUAUCAUACUGCAAUUAUGUGAAGAUAUUCUGAUAGAAUCUUUGGCCAUGGCAAAUUUCGAAUUCUUUUCUUCAACAUUCAAAGACUUUAAAAUAUCUAUUAGUAAAUGGUAUCCUGCUAAGGAAUGGAAAGUUAUAGGCGAAUAUAGAGCAAAAAACUCAAGGGAACUACAGAUAUUUGAGGUUAAAGAUCCAAUAAUGUUUGCAAAGUAUCUUCGUAUUGAUUUUUUGACUCACUAUGGACAUCAGUAUUAUUGUCCCGUAAGUUUGCUUCGGAUUCAUGGUUCAAAUGAAUAUGAAAAGUGGAAAAGUGAAAAAGAAGAGAUUGAAAAGAUUGAAAACCAACUUAAAGAAUCUCAAAGUCAAGAAAUUGUAUCACCGUCUAAAUCUUCUCAUGACAUCGAUAUUGACGGAAUUAAUUCAAAUGAUGACAAUUCUAGCCUUUUAAUAUCAACCACAUCUGAGCAGCUUAAUUCAAAAGAUUCGAUAGAAGAGUUGCCGAGAAAGUUGAAAAGUCAUCCAGGAUCAACAGUGCAUUCAUCCGAUUCGAGCAUCAAUGAUAAGACUAAUGUCGAAAAAAACUCUGUACCCUUAACGUCUAUUGACGUGUGUCCAGCGAACGAUAUUCAUAGGUUGUUUCAAUACAAAUCUUGCUACAUUACACUUCCUCUAAUCGAGCAAUAUUACCAACCAAACCAUAUAUACUCGGACGAAUCUCUACUACUCCCACAAGUAUGUUUAAUUGAUAUGUGUCCACUAGUUGUGACCGAAUCCGAUCUAAUAUCAAUGGAAGAUGUAUAUAGUUUCAUCGAAUUUAAUGAAAAUAGGAAGAUGCAUAUAACAGGUUUGGGAACAAAGUCGAUACACCGUUUACCAUCAUCAACUACACAAUCUACGCAGAAACCAUCAUCAACAUUAAAGACUUUCAAGGAUGAAGCCGGUGAUACUUUCGUACCUUCUUCAUAUCUAGAUGGUAGUAGACAUUCGAAUGGUGGAGGACAAGAUAGUAUUUUUAAAACUAUUAUGACGCGUCUCAGUAAACUCGAACAUGAUACGGACUUAUCUAACCGUUAUAUAAGAAAUAUGCUUAAAGAAACUUUAGAAAGCUUGGAUACGUCACAAUCACAGCAUAUAAUGUCUAUAUGGAAUCAGAUCAAUGAAACAGUGGGAAGUUUGAAAAACGGAUAUGAACGGUUGGUAAUAGAAUCAAUUACAGAAAUUAAGGCCACGCAAAGUCGCCAUAACGAGGAAUUAAGGAAUGUCACAUCAGAUUUACAUCAUCUAGUAACAGAGGUUGCCUUUUUUAAACGUCUUGGACUUGGAUUUAUUAUUAUAUUUUUAAUAUUGAUUGGUAUUAAUUAUGACUUGGCAAAUAUACGAAGCUCAAUAUUAGCUUUUCAUACCUCAAUGAACGAGUUUUCAAUACAAAAUUAUAGGAAGAUCCGGUCAUCA